UUUAUGUCUAGAAAUUCAUCCACUAGCAGGUCUCAUUCACUUGUAGGACAAGAGCAAGCCCAUUCAGACAGAAGAACAGAAUCAUGACUGAAGUGUACACAGUGGAUUACCUGAUGUCGACUAUCAAUUCCAGUUUUGUAAAUGCCACUCAGCGUCCAAUGUCAGCGUCUGGAUCCUCACAGCGUCUUGGAAUUGCCAUCCUCUCUUUGGCUUUCAUCAUUGGUUUCCCAGGCAAUGCCUUCAUUAUCUGGACCGUGCUGACACGCAUGAAGAAACACACUGUGACUUGUAUUCUUAUUUUGCAUCUGGCAAUAGCGGAUAUGGUUGUAAUCCUCACAGCACCAUUCUUCCUUAAUUUUUUAAACAAUGGCAAUUGGGUGUUUGGGGAAAUUAUUUGCAAAAUGUGCCAUUACAUCGGCUGUCUGAGCAUGUAUGCAAGCAUUUGGCUAAUAUCUUUUAUGAGCAUGGAUCGUUUUCUAGCUGUUGCUAAACCUUUUACCUCUCAGCUUAUGAGAACAAAGAAAUCAGUGAGAGGUAUAGUUCUGGUAAUAUGGCUGUCAGCGUUUCUUUGUUCUAUUCCCAUGCCAAUUUAUCGCACUGUGGUGACAAUUCACACCAGGUUCAUCUGCAUGCCAUUCCACAAAAGUCCCAAGCACAUAGUAUUCCAGUAUCUAUUUGAGACUAUGGUAGGGUUUGUAAUCCCAUUCACUAUAAUUGUUUUCUGUUACCUUUACAUUUGCCUGCGUUUACGUACUGCAAAGUUUCAGAGCAAGCAUAAGACAAACCGCUUGGUUACCCUAAUUGUUGCAACCUUUUGCUUGUUUUGGCUUCCUUACCAUGUGGUGAAUAUCAUACAGGUAACUGGAGCACUUACUACAGGCCUCACGGCACAGAAAUUGAUAGAUGCAGCACGUACAGCCCGACCCAAUGUUACAGCAUUGGCCUUCCUCAGCAGUAGUGUAAACCCAGUACUGUAUGCAUAUGCUGGUGGCUCCUUUAUCAGAACUGCAGGGAUGGGAUUCAUGGCUAAGCUCUUUGAAGGAACCGCUUCUGAGGUCUCUAGCUUCAAGAAAGUGUCCCAAGCCUUUAGGCAGAGGAGUCGUAAUGAGUCAAUAGAGCUUGGAAAACUUGGAGGGACAUUAGAGGAGAGCAAGACAUUUUCUACCAAUCCAACAGAGUGACUUUCUUGUUCCUUUAUAAACAAUGGCAAGAGACACAGGAGCAGACCUAUCAUAUUUAUUAACUUACAUUGUACAUUUUUUGGCUGAUGUAACCUAUUGUUUGUAUGCAGGCCAGGUAAUAACUGAUGACCUUAUUUGGCAUGUUUAAACACAUGUAUAGAAUAAGUGUCCAUUAAGUAGCAAUAAUAGUAACUAUGUUAAAAUCUGCUUGAUAAGUAAUUUCAUUUAUGGUUGUUAAUGAGGUUCAAACAACUAGUUGUUUUCAGAUAGAUCACCAGAAAUAACGACUUUUUUCAAUUACUUAAUAUUUUCUAUGU